GUAUUCGAUGAGAGACAGCAUCUCCGGUAGUGGGAAUCAAAAUUGAGGGGAAAUCCAAACGUCCAGCCCUAAUGGAAUUCGGCUUUAAGUUUUAAGUUAUGAAAUCAAAAGUCGACAUAUUUUUUCUCAGUAGUUAGUCAUACAGAGUAAUUAAUAUUGUAUCAGUGUAUAUUGUUAUGAUACUAAACUAUUGAUAAAUAAAUAUAUUUAAAUAAUUUUUAAAUAAAUUUAAUUAAAAGAAUUAAGUUUCAAGUAUUUGUUGUUGUUCAACAGAAUGGAAAUUUUAGGUUAUUCCCAUUCCCGAAAGCAUCAAGUAAUUUAUAAAUGGAAAAUUGAUGAAAUAAUUCCAUUUAUUGAGUCUACUGAAAGCUGUGAUGCAGGGAUAGUGACGCUCGACUCACCUAACUUUACCACAAGUGGCAAAAAUAAAAUUUCAUGGUACUUAAAACUGCUAUCGAGGGAAAAGGGAUGGAUAUCAAUCCUUUUGCGUCGAAAAGAUGGGAAUGAUGAAGUAAGAAUAAAGGUGUCAGUAUUUAUGUUAGACAGCAAAAAUGAAAGAAAAUUUAUUAAAACUAACGACGAACAACGUGAUUUUGAAGAAGUCGGGAGAUUUCUGAAAUUUCUUGAAAUUAAGAAGUUAUUGGAAAAUAAAGAUGAUUUUUUACCAAAUAAUACCUUAACUAUAGGUGUUAAACUAAGUAUUUAUGACAAUUAUGAAUCAUUUACUUUUGAAUAUCCAUUGCAAGGACCACAGCGUCAAAUGACUGAUGAUUUUAAAAAACUCUAUAACAGUCAGAUAAACAGUGACGUUACUUUCAUUGUGGGUAAUGAAAAAUUCAAAGCUCACAAGAUCAUACUGUCAGCUCGCAGCCCUGUAUUUUCCGCAAUGUUCACCCAUAAAAUGAAGGAAAACAGAGACAAUAAAGUUGCAAUACCUGAUAUAGAACCUAAAAUUUUUAAUAAACUGUUAGAGUUUAUUUAUACUGACGAAAUAAAUGAUUUAGAUAUGGAUGCUGUGAGUUUAUUGGAAGCUGCAGAUAAAUAUCAAUUGUUAACACUAAAAAGUUUAUGCGAAAAAUCGGUAUCUAAGUCCGUCAGUAUUGAUAAUGCGAUUGCAUUGAUGAUUUUAGCAGAUCUGCAUAAUGCUAAUCAACUGGUCGAACGUGUGCUUGAAUUAAUAAUAAAAAAUAUCAAAGAUGUCAUUGAUACUCCAGAGUAUAAAAUAUUAGAAGAAUCUAAACCACUGUUGUUAUCAAAAUUAUUUAAAAAACUAGCGACUUCGAUAAAGAAUGAUGCUUCAAAAGAUGAAAAAUAAUUGGGAUAUUGUUUACUAAGUAGUCAAUUAAUUAGAGAACGACAUUUGAGCAGAAAAUUGACCUAAAAUAUUUGGGUUUUAUGAUUUGAAAACGACGAAUUCUUAUUUUUCAAAUCUAAUAAUUAUUAUUCUUAAAAAGUAAGAUUUAAAUAGAUCAGAUAUUUACUGUUUCUCAAUUAAUAUUUUUAGAUUAUCAACUCAAAUAUUCAUUACCAUAUAUAUAUUUUUUAAUACUAAGUUCGAAUUAAUUUAUAUAAAUUAACAAUAUUUUUUUUUUAAUAAUUGUCAAAUGUAAGCGUAAGAAAUUCCUAAGUGACGAUUGUGAACUCGUAGAAAUUUUUGUACUUUAAAAUUUUCUUUCUAAUCAAUAUUUUUUAAAAACUAAUCAAAUUGUUUGAAAAGAUAUUAUGUAUUAUUUAUUUAAUUACAACUACCCUAAUAUUUAAUG